CUCUCUUGAUUCUAUUUCAUUCACUCUCGGACUUGGAGUUACACGGGUGUCGAGCAAAUUACCUAAUUGUUAAAUUGAUUUUUAUUAUAAGAUAAUCACAAUAUGAUGUUAUUGUAGUGCGUUAAUAGUUGCAAAAGUGUUCAUUGACCAUGGGCUACGACAUUGGGUGGAUCAUCCCGCGGCUGCGGAAUCCUGGGAGGCUAUGGACCUGCGCGAGUUCUUUUACGGUGGCUGUGGUCGGUUUAUUUAGUAAGAUUAUCAUAGGUUCAGGCCGCCGCAAAACAGCCGCUACACUUUCCAAUGAAGACGAGUCGAUAUAUGAGUUCCUGAACAAGACGACGGUGUACAACCGGGAGACGCUGAGCCGCGCCGUGUCGCAGCGGCCGCCCGGCGUGCCGCUCAUCACCGUCUCCAACCACCACUCGUGCUUCGACGACCCCGGCCUCUGGGGAGUCCUGGACUGCAUGCCGCUGAUGCGCGCGUCGCGCAUGCGCUGGUCGCUGGCGGCGCACGACAUCUGCUUCACGAACGCGCUGCACUCGUGCUUCUUCUCGCUCGGCAAGUGCGUGCCCGUCGUGCGCGGCGCCGGCGUGCAUCAGCCCGCCAUCGACUUCUGCAUAGAGCGGCUGUCGCUGGGCGAGUGGGUGCACAUAUUCCCCGAGGGCCGCGUCAAUGUCGACAAGGAGCACAUCCGUUUCAAGUGGGGCGUGGGGCGGCUGGUGGCGGAGACGCCGCGCGCGCCGCUGAUCGUGCCGGUGUGGCACGAAGGCCUGGACCGCGUGCUGCCCAACCGGGAGCCCUACCUGCUCAAGUUCCGCAAGAGGGUCUUCCUGCACGUCGGCGAGCCCAUACAGAUCUCGCAUCUGCUCGAAAGGUUAAAACUGUCGAACGCGACCGAGGAGGAGACGCGGAAGGCCAUCACAGACCGCAUCCAGGACGAGCUGCUGCGGCUGCGCGCGCGCACGCACGCGCUGAUCGCGCGGGCGCUGGGCCCCGCAGCCGACGGGCUGCUGGGCGCGCGCACCGACGUGCUGCACAAGCCGCGUCUGCGCGAUCCGGAGCCCAACGGACACGACAAGGAGAGCGAGUAACCUUUGGAACAUUAUCACCUAAGUCUAAAAUGAUCGCAGAUUAGUUAGUCUGUUGCAAAUUAUACGUUAUUCGCUAAGCAACAUUGAUGUCUCUCGCUCUGUGUGAACAGAGAAGGUGCAGUACUUUCGCUUUAGUCAAAUGAGAUGCUAUCAUGGACAAUGUUGCCUAGUGGAUACGAGACUUUAUACAUGAUAACAUGGAAACAGUAAAUCGAGUUCUUAACCGAGUAUAGAUCGAAUUUCGCGUCAUUGAUAAAAAAGUUAAUUUAUAUGUAGAUUUAUUUUCAGCUCGAUUUACUUUAUCCGGUUAAUGUUUAGUUAUGAAUUGAUAGGAAAUAUAAUUGCAAGCUACAAUCACAGCUCGCUACCGAAGAGUAUUUUGUGAAGUGGCAUACGGAGUGCGAGCUCCGAUACGCACAGGUGUGAACAUAUCCGUGUGCGUUAGUAUAAGUAGUGCAUCCGAGUGUAAGUAACGUGUGAAUGUAAGGCAAGGUGUCGUCUCGUCUCACGUGCGCGUGUACAUAUUAUACCGAGAGAAGAUAUUUUUCGUGUGAAUCGUCUCACCGUCUACGAUGUUCGCUAUUCUUUACACUUUGUUAAAUUAUGUACAAACUUUUAUAAGGGCGCUGGUGGCGGCGCCCGGCCGCAUGUAAUUUUUAUACCAAAUUUUGAACUAUUUUUUACACAUUUUAUAUAGUUCAUAUCGUUUACACCCCGUAGGUUAAUGCGAUCGGCUCUCAGCCGUCAGCGAAGGUCACUCAGCCCGAUGGUAAUUAAUUAUUGUUUUAUACGUAAUCAAAUGAACAUUUUGUAAAUGUGACUUUUUCUUCUAUUUUUUGUGUAAAAUGUCGGAGAGCGGACAGUACCGACUUCGCUGGCAGCGAAGCGUUUUUCUAUUCCAUUGUAUUGUAUAUAGUCUAGUGUAUAGUUGGUUUCGGCCAGUGCUUAACGGCGCGCGAACGCAGACGGGGUCGGGUCGCCAUGCCACGCUGUGGCUGGGGGAGACGCACAAUGUUACGUAUUGCAAUAAUUGUAUAGUUAUCCGGCUCGGCCUUUUGCGAGUUUUUUUUCGAUUUUGCAUAAAUAAAUUGAAACAAAAAAUCAAUUUCUUAGUAAAUGACACUUUUAAUACUGCGUUCCCAUCGGCGACGUAACGUCAUCAGAAUCGACCAAUCAGAGCGCGCUACAUGUUCACUAUUCAGGAGAUCGUAUGAGACCCGUGGUCGCCCGCGUCUCCGUUCGCUCGCCUGCAGUGAUGUUACCAGCGAGCUAAUCAAUGUGUGUCUUGUAUCGAGUGGUGAAUCAAACGAAAGCGAUAUUAUUUUUACCCGUUAUUAUUAUCGAGUCUUCCUGUUGAGUGGCGGUCCGCGGUAAUGUAAAAUUAAAAAGGAUUCAUUUAAUUUCUUUAUAUACAAUGAUUUAUUUUAAAAUGUGAUGAAAUUUGACAAGGAAAAUGAAGGAGACACUGUUAGAAAUCUAAAUAUUGUGAUAUUUCAGUGAUUGUCCAAACUCUGAUCAAUAUAUUCGAUUACAGAUCGAACAUUUUAUUAAUUACCUACGUAACAGUAGUGUGAACAAUGCACAUUUAAAUCAGUUAGAAAAUACUACCUAAUAAAGUAUACAACAUCUGUAAAUGUAGUUGAAGUUGGCGUAACGUCAUGACGAUACAGAUUGUGUGCAGUGAGUUCAGGCAGUAACGGGCGGAACAGAACGCGGACCGCUCUUGUUUUGUUAUUUAAUGAACACUCGCCGAGUGUGUUUGUGCGAUCAACGCAGAUUGAUUCUUAAAAAAAUAAAUUGAUGGACAUGGU